AUGGCUGUCUGGUUCCGCCUGGCCUUGCUCGCCGCGCUGGCGGCGGCCCUGCAGCUGACGGUGCUGACGCUGGCCGCUGCCAGCCAGGAGGAUGGCGUCGCGCUGUGGGCGGUGUCCUGUGGCUGCGCCUUGGCCAACGUGGUGGCGUUUGCGUCCUACCGGCCCCAGGUCCGGGGCCUGAUCGGCAGCAAGGGCCUGGCGCCGGCCCAAGGCGCGCUGCAGCGCAUGGAGGCCGCGAAGCUCCGCUUCGCGCGGGGGCCAUGCUGCUUCCGACUGCUGAAGUCACCCGGCACUGUGUCUGACAGGACUUUGCUGGGCUGCUGUGACCUCGGGCUCCUGGCAAGCACGCUGCUCGCCACUGAGAAGUGGGCGCGGGCUAAAACAGGGGCCUCCAUGGCUAUGAAGGCUCUGCUCAGCUACCAAGCCGUUCUUGAAUGGCGCAUCAGUUACGCGGACAUGACCUAUGACCGCACCAAGAUGGAGUCUCUCAUCCACCUGGCGGAGGAGCAGAAGCCGGUCCUGGAACUUGUCAGCUUGCUGGAACGCGAGAGGGACUCUCAUUUGAUUCAACUGCAGGGCACUGCAGCGGCCAAAGCGAGGAGCAUUGUGGACUUGAUGCAACAUGCAGACAAGGCCUGGCGCCUCUUCUUCCGGGCCGCGCACCUCCCGAAGCCGGGCCCGGACCGCGACGGGCUGAUCCUGGCCGCGCUGGGCAGCCCGGACCCCUCCGGUCUGCAGCUGAAUGGCUUGGGCGGAGGCAUCUCCUCCACCAGCAAGGUGGUCAUCAUCUCCAAAUCGGAGCGCGAGGGCUGCGAUGUGGACUACCUCUUCGGUCAAGUGGAGAUCAAGGAGAGGCACGUGAACUGGCAAGGCAGCUGCGGGAAUUUGUCCGCGGGCGUGGGGCUCUUUGCCUUGGCCGAGGGCUUCCUUCCACGCAGCCAAGGUACGCAGGUGGUGCGGGUCUGGCAGGUGAACCAAGGCUACGGCAUGAAGGCCUCGUUUUGGAGCCUGAAACGGACCUUCGGGCAGGUGCACGUGCCCCAGGGCGUUGAUGCGCCGCUGGAGGCUGACGAGGACAGCCACGACUUAAUGCAGCUGGCAGGAAUCCCAGGCGCGGAGCCCCCGGUUUACGUGGAGCUGUUGGAGCCGCACGUGGGCAAGCCGCUGCUGCCGACAGGCCAGCCCACGGACCUUCUGCAGCUAGCAGACGGGCGUCAGGUGGAGGCUACCCUUGUGACGGCAGGCAACCCUACGGUGUUCCUGCCGGCAAAGGCGGCCAACCUGCAGGGGACGGAGCUGCCUGCAGACCUGGACUACCAGCAGCUCUUGCCGCUCGUGGAAGAGGUCCGCCAUUUGGCGGCUCCCCUCUUCGGCAUUGAGGUCUCGGACCAGCCCCGUGUCAGCUUCGUGGCGGCGCCUGAAGCCUACGCCACCUCCGGCGGGGAGAAAGUGGCCGCGGAGGCGAUGGACCUGCUUGCGCGCAUCAGCACCCCCGGUCGUAUCCACCAUGCCUUCACUGGCACUGGCUCCAUCGCGCUGGCUUGCGCAGCACAGGUGGCCGACAGCGUGGUGUAUCGCUGCAUCCCGGCGGCGAACCGGGCGUCCAAGAUCCGCAUCGGCCAUCCCGGAGGGGUCAUGGAAGUCUUGGCGGACGUGCAAAAGGAUCCCGACGGAUGGCGGGCCACUGGCGCCGGAUUUCAACGCACCGCCAGGUAUCUGAUGCGUGGGGAGGUCUUCAUCCCAAGACCCGGCAGAGCUCCCUGA